CAAUAAUUGGAGGUUUUAAAAAAAACUAAAGAAAAUCAAAGAAACAACAACAAAAAAUGGACUUAUUCGUAAUGGUAGUAGGAGCAUCAGGAAUUGGCGACGGUGGUGAACAAAAAUACAACUACAAGUUGAGAGCUUGGACUAACGAAGAUGAUCCACGCCAAACAAAGAUUGUGACAACAAACGCAGAUCCUGAGUUCCGUGAGGUUUUGCAUCUUCCUCAAAACAUGGCUUCAUCUUUUCUCAAUUUGGAGUUGUUCAGUGUAAAUUCAGCUGACACUGACGCAUUUUUCAUUGGGAGGGCAAAUACAGCAUUGCCCAUGAAAACAAACGCUAAUGUGUACCGUAAGAUCAAACUUCAGAACUUGGACACCAGUGGAAAUAUCGUAACUGUUGGUUAUCUUGAAGUUUAUCUUGGCCUCGAGACUGGUUAA